AUCAAGUCGAACGCACUUUAUCUUAUCUCGAUGAACGGAAACUGCGCUACAGCAAAACUUGCAUCGAUAAGCAAUUUUACACGGUUACGGAAAUAUUAACAGCAGUUGUGACAUCAUAAGAACAUUUAUAACCUUAACCUAAUUUUAUAAAUGAUCUAAAAAAUAUUUGUACACAACAAUUGCAAGUACACCGCUAUUCUUCUUCAAUAACACAGAAGCACAGAUGGACGAAAUUAAUUUCGAAAAUGAACAUGAACUUUUAAAUUCUUUGGAAACAAUUUUAAGUUCCACUGAAUGUAAUCUUCACGAAUAUAUAGACGACAUUCCGCAAAUGUUUGCGAUUAACAACUUCAAUCCUGAAGUUCAUAAGACGGAAACAAACGGAGAAGGAAUGCAUACACUUUUUAAUAACUUUUCAACAUCGUGUGUUGAUGCAUCAAAAGAUAAUGCUAAAGAAAUGUUAGUGUUAGAAUCAAAAUGUGAACAGCUAGGUGCUCAAGUUGAAAAUUUGACAAAAGAAAAGAAAAUUGCAUUUGAGGAAAUAGAACGUUUGAAAGAUCAGAUAUCAAAUCAAAGUACUUAUUGCACAAACCUUGGUGCAGUGUUAGGUAACUUGACAUGGCGUGCUUCUAAAUUGCCACAAAUUGUCGAUAUUUGGUUAUCGAGCUUUCAGAACAAAAUAGGAGAAUUCUUGUCGAUAGUAAAUGGCACUUUUGGAGCGUUUAUUAGCAUUUAUAAAAGUGCAUUCCCUCCAACGAGCAAUGUUGAAUAUCAAUUUGUAAUGGGGCUCCUCGGUAUUAUCACAAACAUAUCCGCGAAUCCGGAGGGUCGUGAAUUUUUAAUUACAAAUUCCAAUGGAAAGGAAUUCGUGCAGAAGAUAAUUAAACUAACGCCUGAAUUGCCAUCAACUCCCGAAGCGUUAUCUUUAAAAAGAUUGGUGCUAAUGAUUCUGUACAACGUGAGUAUGAAUAAGACCGGCUUGCAAUAUCUGCUCAAAUUGCGAGUAGGAGAUGUGCUAAAUCACUAUUUAGAAGCUGAAUCGUCCUCGGAAGAAAUGCAGCUACUCUGUCUUCGUGUUUUACAGUCUAUCACUUACGAUCUUACAGAGCCGAAAUACAUUCAUGAUCUGAUCACGACAAUCUCGAUGAAAAAAAUCGAGACAAUGACGCUUUCGAAACGAGAUGACAUAAGCGGUGUAGCAAAAAAAGUCAUUAAGCAUUUAGGAGACAGUCGAAAAAUUGCAAAAUAAUAUCAAUAUGUUAAAAUUAAAUUAAUUCUUUGCAAAAUAUUUUUUAUAUGGCUCAUAUAAAAAAAAUAUGUAUAAGUAAUUAUAAUGCAUAAAUUUCUUCAUAAGAGAUCGCCACAAUUAAAGUGCUUAUAAAAAUAAGCAUGUAAUUAUGCGCCUAAUAAGUAAACAAUUGAAUAUCUUAAAUCAAGUUUUUGAGUUUUAUGAGAUGGUCUCAUUAAGUGAAUUUUUUUUUAAUGUACUGACACUGUCAUAAUUAUGACAUACAUGACAAUACUAAGAUUUUGUUAAUUAAAUAUUUUUCAAUACGUCCAUUGUGUAUCAAUAUUCGUUAAGUCUUAAUUUCAAUUUUUGUUUUUUUAAAUAAUACCGAUUAUCAAAAUUACGUUAUAUAUAUUAGAGGACUCUUUACUGCUUCAAACUUUUAAGCGUGUUUCCACUAUCAUUAUAUCCAAUAAUAGAUUAUUACCGGACUACUCCUUGCAACAUAUGUUCGUGGUUAUCGCGGGGGUUGUCGAGGAUAUCGAUCUGCAAAGAGCAGGAACAAAAUGAAGCGAUCGCACAAGACCGCGAAGUGCUUUACAACGGCAAGUCGGUAUUAUAUAAGUCAGUAAUAACUUCAAUAAUGGCCGUCUAAAUGUUAAUAAAUAACUUAUACAGUAAUAAAGUUAGUUGCUCUUGAGUAACCAAGUUCCUUACGAUUAAAAUUAAAAUUUGUAAUACAAUGUUUUAUUUAUUAAAAUUCUGGUAGAUGAAAUUCUAUCGCCGUAACUCAAAUUUAUUAAUUUCACAAUAAACUAUUUUUGUCUGCUCCUUAUAACAAUUUAUUCAAGAAGGAAGACACGUCAGUGUACACCGACCUAGCAGGUGUAUUAAGCUAAUGACCGAUCGUUCCAAAUAAAACUUGGCGUGUAUUUUCAUAGAAAGGUUACAAUAUUAUGCAAUAAUCGUGC